UCCUCUUUUUCUUCACAGUUCUCCCUUCAAUUUUUCCUCUAGGGUUUCUCUUUUUAGUUUUAAAAAAAUGGCAGAAGUUGAGUAUAGGUGCUUUGUCGGUGGUCUAGCUUGGGCUACUAAUGACCAAACACUUGCGGAUGCUUUUUCUCAGUUCGGCGAAGUUACGGAAUCCAAGGUCUGUUGUUGCGCUGCAGGGCAGAGAUCGGAUCCGAGCCAGCUUUGGCUUCGUAGACUCUCUGUUACUGAUUGAUUCUCUGUUACUACUGUUACUCUGUUACUAUGUUACUAUUUGUUACUAUUAUUCCAAUUUCCCUGAAACGAUUAUUAAUGAUAGGGAAACUGGUAGAUCUAGAGGAUUUGGAUUUGUUACCUUCAAGGAUGAGCAAUCCAUGAAGGAUGCUAUUGAAGGGAUGAACGGCCAGGAUCUUGAUGGUCGUAACAUCACUGUGAAUGAAGCUCAGUCCCGCGGUGGCGGCGGCGGUGGUGGAAGAGGCGGUGGCGGCGGCUAUGGAGGUGGCCGACGUGAAGGAGGUGGUGGCUACGGAGGUGGCAGACGUGAAGGCGGUGGUGGUGGAUAUGGUGGUGGCGGCGGUUACGGUGGUGGCCGUCGCGAAGGUGGUUAUGGUGGUGGAGGUGGUGGAUAUGGCGGCGGUGACCGCUACAAUGAUGGUGGAUCUCGCUACUCAAGAGGUGGCGGCGGUGGUGCUUCCGAUGGGAACUGGAGGAAUUAGAAUUGCCGUUAGCUCCGUUACCGUUUAGAUUGUUUUUAAUUAUUUUAUUAUGGUUGGAAGUUUGGUUCAAGUCCCGUUUAUGGUUUAAUGGUUACUGUUACUGUUCUCGUUUUUGACCGCGAUUGUUACCGUGGAUGUUAGGUGUGAAUCCGUAUUUACAAAGUUCUUUUGAAUUGAGUGAAUGAAGAUUUACUAUUUACAGUU